AUGGGCACCCAGAGCAAGCGCCAGGUGCGCGCCGCCCUGGCAUUUGUGGCGCGGCCGCUGUUGUUUGCGAUUGCAUUGACAGUCGUGGUACGGGUUCUGUUUGGUGGAAGCACGUCGCGGUCGACACCAGCAAAGCACGGGCCGCAAAAGGGCCGCCAGCACGGCCUCGGCGGCGACGCACCAACCAGCCAGCACGACCUGCAUCGCUACGACCGUGGCCAGGAACACCGGACGACGACCGCGCUCGUCGUCGCCUCCAGCAGCCAGAUGGUGGCCAGCGGCGAGACCGCGUGGCUGGCGGACGUGCCGGCGGCCUGGCAGCCCGUGUUCCACUACGUCACGGACGCGCCGCUGUCGCCGCAGCUGGCGGUGCCCGUGCACAAGGGCCGCGAGGCCAUGGCCUACCUGACGUACAUUGUCGACCACUACGACGCGCUGGCCGACGUCGUCGUCUUCCACCACGGCCACCGCCGCGGCUGGCACCAGGCGAUGGACGCGGCCGACGAGGUGCGCCGCCUGCGGACGGCGUACGUCGCCCGGCGCGGCUACGCGUCGCUGCGCUGCCUGCCCGGCUGCGAAAACGUCAUCGUGCUCGCCGACUACGCCGUCGACCAGGCGCAGAUGCACCGGCACGCGCGCGACGUGCAGCUCACCACGCUGCUCGACGACUUCCUCGACAGGGACGCCGGCGAGCGCGUGCCCGUGCGGCUGGCCGCGCCCUGCUGCGCGCAGUUUGCCGCCAGCAAGACGGCCAUCCGCCGCCGCAGCCGCGCGUGGUGGGCGUCGCUGCGGCAGUGGCUCAUCUCGACGCCGCUGGCCGACGCCGACAGCGGACGCCUGCUGGAGCACACCUGGCACGUGUGGCUGGGCAACGAGUCGUACCACUGCCCACAAUACGAUGCUUGCCAGUGCCAUACGUACGGCAUUGGAGCCGACUGCGAGGCCUACUAUGGGCUCGAGGAGGCGAUGUAA